UGAAAAGAUAAAUAACAUUAUCUUGCUAUAUUAUGUCCUACACUUCUACAACACCAUUCACCCCUUUUAAGGUAGAAAAUCCUCUCACCUUUUUUCACAUUUACACAAAAUCUGAUUCUUUGACUAACCAAGUAUCAGUAACUUCUAGAGAUCAAAAGGGUUUCUUUAAAUCUUCUCACUUCUGAAUUCUGAUACUAAAAAAAUGGCUUACAACAGAAACAGUUCUGUUUUGGAUGGAUUCACUUUGAGUCCCCUGCCAUAUCCUGUUCUGCUAAUCUUAGCAGUGAUCUUCAUCUUCCUUGGUACUUCAUGGUACCUUUCUUAUGAAGAAGUUGUUGAAACAGCUCAAGAACAAUUGGGUUGGCUUCUAUUUGCUACACCAGUGUUGUUAAUAUUUAUAGUUCGUUUGGUAUCAUCAAUGGAAGAUUCAGGUUGGUUUUCUGGUUCUUCUGUAUGGGACAGUCGCGGGAGAACUCAACAAAGUCCAUCAGAAGGUAGCUCUCCUUGGGGUGUGGCUGCUUUGAUUGUUGUCUUGUUGAUUUUGGUGCAGUUUCAAUCCUCGUUUCUUGAUGGCUGGUUUUAUUGAUUUGGAGUUCUUGUUUUAGCUGGUUUGUGUUUUUUAUUUCUAUAGGUUGUUUAAUUUUAGCUGCUUUUGUUUUUAGUUUCUAGUUUCUACCUAUGAAGCACAGACACUCCUCGUUGUUAGUGUUUGCCUUCGUGCUUCAUAGGUUUCUCUACUAACUAUGAAGUAUGACUAUGUGAUACACUAAAUAUUUAGAUCAAGAAAGGAAGGUGAGGUAUAUUUACUUCUAA